AUGACAAUUUUUCGUACGAACUAUUACGAUCCUAUUAGUUGGCCAAUCCAUAUCCCAAGCAGGAACGAAGAUACAUUCAUUCGGCGUGGGUAUUAUGGAGACCAUGCUGAUACGUAUAAGCCAUAUGGUGAAAAAUUGUACUACUAUGACGUUAACUCAUUAUACCCAUAUGUCAUGAAAUCUUUUCCUAUGCCUGGUGGUAUGCCUGUAUGGCAUGCUAAUUUGGAAGGCCAGGAAUUGUCCAACUUGUAUGGAUUUAUUAAGGCUUAUGUAGUGUGUCCUAGUACCAUUAAAAGACCAUUCUUACCAUAUAGGGAUCAUAAUGAUACUUUACUGUUCCCAACUGGUAAAUUCGUAGGCGUGUAUUUCAGCGAAGAAUUGAUUUAUGCACGCGACUUAGGUUACAAGAUCUUCCCAAUAAGGGGCUACUUGUUUGAUAAGAAGCCUAGUCCUUUCGACAGUUUUGUGACAUCCCUCUUCGGGAGAAGGCAAGAAGCUAAGCUAUCCGGUGAUGAAGCUAUGGCUUAUGGCUAUAAGAUACUCAUGAACUCGGUCUACGGUAGAUUCAGUAUCAAUCCCAAAAGUACUAUAACAGAGUACUAUAUUGUAUGCUACGUUAGCAAUACCAGUAAUGUCGAAGACAAAGACUGGAAUCCUCCCAAGAUCUUGGCUGUCCAAUUGGCAGCUGCAAUUAUAGCUCAUUCUCGUAUUCAUAUGUACAAAUACAUUUCCAAACCUGACUGCUACUACACGGAUAGAGACUCUGCUAUUCUGGGAAGCCCUCUUCCAGAUGAUGAUGUCUCUCCCUUCGAAUUAGGCAAGUUAAAGAUUGAGCACUUUGUCAAGAAAGGUAUCUUCUUAGCACCCAAAAGCUAUACCCUAAUAACUGAAGAAGCUAGUGAUAUUAUCAAACACAAAGGCCCAGCUAAAGACUUAGUCAAUGUUGAUUGGUUCAAGUCACAAUACACUGAUCUAUCCCGAACUCAACAGAUCACUGUCGAAUCCAACUUCAGAAUCGAUUGGCAUAUUCUAAACAUCGCAAAAAAGUCAUACCAAAUAAACCUCGGUAUCAAACUAGGCAGCAAAAGGGAACCUAUCUAUGAUAAUAAUAAUGUUUGGGUAGACACACAACCCAAAGAUGUCACUGACUUUGCCAGCCAAGAAAGCGCUAUUCUCAGAUUCGAAUUGAUGAUCCUUAGAGAGCUGCUAGAAAAGAAAGAUCAAGAAUAUACUCAGAGGCUUGACAAGAAAGAUAAAGAAUAUGCUUGUCUGCAGAAAGAAUAUGCUAAGAGUAUUGCUAUGCAGAAAGAAUAUGCUAAGAGUAUUGCUAGUCUGGAGUCAGAUCUUGCUAGUCUGGAGUCAGAACUGGCUAAACAGUGUGAAUUGAUUCAAUCGCUGUCUGCGGCGGCUAAGCCACCUACUCAGUCCAAGCACCCUACAACGUAG